UUCCAGAAUCGAACUAAUGGCGGCGUUAUGAUUAGUGAUGCAUCCCGAGAGCCGCUACGUGAUCAUCAGAACAUAAACAAGGUAAUUUCUUCAGGUUUAAGUACAGAAAGAAGAAUGUCUAAACCUUUUCACUUUAAGGAUCUGAAGUAUCCAAUGCUGAACAACUUUGGCAGCAAGCAGUUCCCCAGACAAACUGAGAAUAUAAGUCAGACUGCCAGAAAAGUUACGAGUACUUAUCCACAGCAGCUGUCUGCAGGAUCAAAUUCUGAAGUGAAACAAGUUCCAAUGUACAAAAAGGAAGAUUUGUUUAAAGAGGAUCGUGAGCUAUGUUUUGAGGAAGUAAGAGCUCGGAUCUAUUUCAAGAAGUAUGAGAUGAAAAAGAAGAUGACGCUAUGGGAGCAAGAGCAGCAGGAAUAUUUGAAGCUGAGGGAACAGCAGCUUCUAAAAGAGAGGGCUUUGCAGCAAGAAAUGAUUAACCUUAAUACAAGGAUAAAGUUGACAGAACAAAUACAGUCAUCUAAUUCUCAAAAUCAGCAGCUUUGUCAGGUACAGCAAAGUUCUUUAGUAUGCUUGAAUGGUUCUCGCAGGGUAUCCCAUGCUUUACCUGACUCAGUGCAACAUGUGCUUGUAAGUGCCACUACGCUUUUAAAAACUACAGAUACAAAACAAGAUCGGCUUCUAACUUCCAGUUUUAUGCCUGGGACUGAAGUAAGUACAUCUCAUGAUGGAGCUAAUGUUAAGCAUUAUGGAGGAAUCACUACAGCUUCAAAGGUUCAAGCUGAAGAAAAGGGAAGAGAUUGUGGUUUGGAAUAUGGAGUUAACAGCGAUGUACACACUAAUCAAGUUAAGCAUUUCAGCGAGGUUGUUGCAGCUCCAGACUCCAGUCAGCCGCCAGUGCCCUCAACUCAUCUUCACCAUAGUAUUCUGGAAAGAUCUGCAGAUGAGACGCAUUCUUUGAAGACUGUGAAAGGUUCAGGGGUAAAAGAUGGUAAAGAAGCUUUUACUGUUGGAAAUUCUUCAGGCUGUUUUGGGAAUAUCUCCCAUAACACUCCAAAUGCUUCCUUUGGGCUGGUACAAGCCACACCUUCUAAAAUACAGCCUUCACCCACUGUUAAUACGAAAGAGGCUCUAGGAUUCAUUUUGGGUCAUUUUCAGUUCCCAGUUAUCCAUACUGCUGAAGAUGAUACUUGCAAAGAUGACCAACCAAGUGAUCCAGACUUUGAAGCAUUUUGCAAGAUCAGCCGAGAUGAUGACGAAACUGAUUGUUUUGAACCUAAGAAUGUAUUACCAUCCUGUACCCCAUUUUCUGUCUUUGAAGAUGAUCCUUAUAGUAAACCAAGCGCUGGUAUUCUGGGAAGUCUAAAUACUAAACUAAUGGAAGAAAAAUCCACUGGAAAGCAUCCUGCAGGUCUUGCUUGUAAGCCAUAUGAGGAAGGGCAAACCGACUUUUUGGUAGACGACUGUACUGUGUGGGCUGCACGAUGUAGUAAAACUCAAGUACUCAGCCCCAACAGUACAAGGGACUUUUCCUUUGCUGCUCACUGUGUAUCUACACCAUUUCAUGGAACUCAACAAUCAUGCCAAGUUACUGAUGACAAAGAAAAUGCAGUAGUUGGCAGUGGAUGGAGUACUGGUUUUGACCAUGAAGAAAAUAUUGUGCAGAUGCACAAAAUUAGAAAACUAAGCCCAAUACAGGAGAAGAGUCCAGAACCUGAGGCAUCACCUCCAGCGUUGUCUUCUGUGGUCCCGAACUGUGAAGCUAACAAAGUAGCAGAUGAUGAGAACUUGUCCAUAAACAAGCAGAUUCAGAUAACUGAGCAGAAUUUGGCUAGCUGCAAAAUAUCUGAUCCAGAAGACUUGCCCUGUCAACUACAGUCUACACAGCAGCUUCCUGUUGUCAAACAGGAGUUGUCAAGUGUCCCUGUAAAUAAUGAAUGUGCACAGCAGAUCAAAACUACGCAGGGAGAAACCAAGAAAGAAGUUAUAGUGCCUGAUCCAUGGGACACAGAACUGAUUACAAAGUUGCUUUCUGGCUUACCCAUGCCUCUGACAUCCUAUGCAGGGUGUUGUACCUGGAAAUCCAAUCUGCCAGCUGUAAGACCAAAGAGCUGUGUUACACUUGGUAACGUUUCUUACCAAGUUGAUUAUUUGCUUGGCGAAGGGGCCUUUGCACAAGUCUUUCAUGCGUCCGUUCUUGAUAUGAAUGAUAUAAAAAAUUGCCAGAAAGUAAUGCUUAAGGUCCAAAAGCCAGCCAGUCCUUGGGAAUUUUAUACUGGCUCAGAGCUGACAAAAAGACUUGAUCCUGAAGUUCGCCAUCUUUUUAUCAGUUUUUACUCGGCCCAUUUCUUUGAAAAUGGAAGUAUUUUAGUUGGGGAGCUUUACAACUAUGGGACAUUGCUGAAUGCUGUUAACCUGUAUAAAAACCUAACUGAAAAGGUGAUGCCCCAACCACUUGUAUUGUUCUUUGCCAUUCACAUUCUCCGCAUGGUAGAAGAGCUUCACAAUGUUGGAAUCAUCCAUGGAGACAUUAAACCAGAUAAUUUCAUAUUAGGAAACAGGUUUGUGGAGAGUGAUUCUUUCACAGUAAAUGAUCUGUCACAUGGCUUGUCACUAAUUGAUUUGGGACAAAGCAUAGACAUGAAACUUUUCCCAGAGGGAACUGCAUUUACAGCCAAAUGUGAAACUUCUGAUUUUCAGUGUGUUGAAAUGCUGUCUCAAAAGCCAUGGAACUACCAGACGGACUAUUUUGGUAUCGCUGGAACCAUUUACUGCUUGCUUUUUGGGAAUUACAUGAAAGUCAAGAAUGAAAAUGGACUCUGGAAAAUCAAUGCAGUUUAUAAAAGGGGCUCCCAUACUGAUAUGUGGAAUGACUUCUUCCAUACUUUAUUGAAUGUACCAGGAUGUCAAACUCUACCUUCUGUGGGAGCUUUGCGUGAAAGGUUAACUGCUGUCUUCCAGGAUAACUAUUGCAACAAGAUAAAGUCCCUCUGCAAAAGACUUAUUGUCUUGUUACUGGAAAACAAACGUUCGCGUAAAUAAAUAUUACUGACUUUAGUACAAACUUCAGAUGUCUAAUUUCUGAAAUCUCAUAAGUUCAAUUCGGGUGGAAUGAAAGUUUGUGAAUAAAUCGCACUUUUGUCUUUUCACACAAACUCGUAAAUUCAGUUUUAUUUUUUUAAUAACCAGUAGUAAUAGUAUCAAAUCGCAUUUUGGCCAGUGUGAAUUGAGACGUGGCACACUAAAUCGAUUAAAGCCAGAAGAUGCUUGCAUUACAAAACCAGCUUACAUCAUUUUUACCCUUGUGAUUGACAUUACAUGAGAAGUCAGUGGUCAGAUGAACUGAAAAUGGAAUGCCAUGUAUUUUUGCCUCUGUGAUGGUGCUGAACUCACCUUAAUUUGUGUGUUGUUGAGGAAACUUACUGUGCACAGGUCCUGAACUUGUCUUGUGGCUAAGCAGAACUUAAUUUUCAAGUAUUUUCCAGUCUUUUACCUUUUCAUGGAUAAAUUGCUACAAGUAUUAAUGUUUCCUUCAAUUAAUAUUUAAAUAGUACAAAAAAAAAUCUCGAUUUACAAGUAGUCAAUGUUUUAAAAUAAAGGCCUGAUGAAAAUUGUGCCACA